CCGAAAAAUCAAGCGUCAGUCUCUCUUUCGAGAGAGCGUGAUACUAUAUGCUACACGCUAUUGACAUAAUUAUUGCGCGUGCGUAAAGCAUCAGGUGUUGAAGAAUUAUAAAAUUUUUGCAAAAGUGAACAUCGUUGACGAACGUCUCUCAGUCAGCCGCUGAGUGCGCGAGAGGACGGUUUCUAACAUCUUCUAACAUCUGCUGUGACUCGUUUUUUUAAUUUAAUUUGUACGCUUGUUGUGAUUCGCCUUUCAUUUUUAUUUACAGAACAAUGGCGAAUUCCAAGAUGCUGUUUAUAUAUUUGGUGCUAAUUGGCCUCUUGCAUCCACUAGUGCACGUGGUAUCCGCUCAAGGCCAAAGUUGUACUACACCGGAUCAACAACUCGGCGUAUGCAUCAAUAUCAGAAAUUGUCAGCCCCUGUUGACUUUGCUACAGACAGAUGGCCUUGCAGCUGGUGAUUUUCUGAGGCAAUCGGUGUGCAGUUUCGACAACUACGAUCCGAUCGUUUGCUGCCCGGAAAAACGAGGAAGAGAAGAACCAAUUGUGAAAGAAAACGUGUACGGGCCUUUGCAUCCACCAUACUGUGGUUUUAGUGACGUUGAGCACACCAAGGUGGUUGGUGGUGUGCAAGCUAAACUUGGUGCUUGGCCAUGGAUCGCUGCGUUAGGUUAUCGCAACAAUCUAAACCCUUCGCAACCAAAAUGGCUGUGCGGUGGUUCACUGAUAUCAGCCAGACACAUUCUGACCGCGGCACAUUGCGCGGUACGCAACGAUUUGUACGUGGUUCGUAUCGGGGAUCUGAAUAUAAGAGAAGACGACGACGGAGCACAUCCUGUUCAAAUAGAAGUCGAGUCGAAAAUCAUACAUCCUGGCUACGAUACCAAGGCAUACGUGAACGACAUCGCUGUUCUCAGAUUGGCGCGGGAGGUACCAUUUUCGGAACACCUAUAUCCUAUUUGUCUCCCGGUAGAAGAUUCCCUUCGAAACAACAACUUCAAUCGAUAUUAUCCGUUCGUUGCCGGAUGGGGAUCACAGCAAUCCCGUGGGCCAGCCAGCGACAUGUUACUGGAGGCACAAUUACCAGUGGUCAACAACGAUGCUUGCAACGAGGCUUAUUCCAAAUUUAAAUCGGAGAUCGACAAUCGUGUAAUAUGCGCCGGAUUUGCUCAGGGCGGAAAGGAUGCUUGUCAAGGUGACAGUGGAGGACCACUAAUGUUACCACAAAAGUCCACCACCUUCUACCAGAUUGGAGUUGUAUCUUAUGGUUAUAAAUGUGCCGAACCCGGAUAUCCUGGCGUUUACACCAGAGUCACCGCGUUCCUUGAUUUUAUUAUCUCAGCAUUGCGCUAGCACAAUUAUUAGCAUCUCACGAACAUUUUUCGAAUGUAAAAAGAGAUGACUAAGAUAAGGGGCAGCACUAAUUUAUAUUGUUUCGCACCAAAUAUAGCUUUGGCACAACGUUGAA